ACUUCCGCCCCACGCUCAAGUCAGAUCAGAUCAGCGGCGUCAACAUGGCGACCAUGGAUGUCAUUGUAGAGCGGUUGGUGUCUGUGUGGAGGAUACCUUCGGUCAGACAGAACUUCCCCUGGUUGUUUUUGCUCAUUUCCUUUGUUGGGUCCUUUCUCAAACACCAGGAGCUCGUCCCGCAGUCCUAUUUCAGCAGCAGCAAGAACUUGGUCAACGUGUAUUUUGUCAAGCUGUCGUGGGGAUGGACGCUGCUGCUGCUCACACCUUUCGUCCUCAUCUCCAGCUCCUUCAGCAGUAGUGCCUCCUACCUCGUCCGACGCCUCUCGUCUUUGGUGGUGGCAACAUUCGUCUGGUACGUCUGCACCGGGGCCUUCCUCCACAUCGAGGACAUAUGGGGCACCUGCUCAGAAAGCAGAACUUCUCUCGUUGCGACCAAGGGGUUCACCUCCAAAGCCACCUGCCGGCAGGCCGGCUUCCACUGGCAGGGGUUCGACAUCUCGGGACACUCGUUCAUCCUCACCUACUCCUCCCUCCUCAUCAUGGAGGAGACGUCCCCGAUGGCCUUCCUGAGGACAGCCGGCCUGCCUGCGCUGUACAGGACGGCCCUCAACCUGCUGUACGUGGCCUUGAACCUGAUCGUGAUGACGUGGGUGUGGAUGUUUUUCUGCACUUCUGUUUACUUCCACGACCCGAUGGACAAGAUUCUGGGCACCGGGUGUGGCCUGUUGGGGUGGUACUUGACAUAUAGGUGCUGGUAUCUGAGGCGUUUCUCACCGGGGCUUCCCCUGCAGCCGCAACUCAAAGAGCAGAAGCAACACGCCUAACCCCCUCCCCCCAGGCCCCCCCAUCCCAGCCAUCUUUGAAACAGCACUCUGUAGAUUAUGUUGUUUUCAUCUGGGUCCAAGCUGGACAUGAAACUUGAAGAUCCUGACAGCAAAGUCACUUCGUCUCAGACUCUUUAUGGGUUUUUCAGCUGCUAAUGUUAAAAUGACUUGAUAUUAAAAACCAGACUGCUCUGCUGUCCAGAAGGGUGUACUCCUAACAGCUGAACAGGGUAGUGAGUAUUAAUGGCUAAUUAGUGUAAGAUUCUGCAGAACUAUCCCUUUUAUUGAUUUUUUAACCAAAAAAAGUUGAUUUUUGUUAGAUUUAAAAAAAAAAACAGAUGUGUGUAGCGUCUCAGGCUACGAGUAAAGGUGCAAGUUUAAGGAAGGAUGCUUCGCUCUGUCAGAGAAGUCUGCAUGCAUUCACUUACUGGAUGAGUUUUAAAUUCACAAUUACUUUAAAAAAUGUGUGAGGUGUCAAAAAAGAAAAUAUUUGAGGAGCCUACUUUAUUGUCUAAAGAGAAAACAAAGUAAAUUGAAAAAAAUUCCACUUAAAACACAAGGAGAACUCAGCUGGCUUUGUAGUACACUCAUAAUAGUGGAUCUGCCUCACAACGCUUCUCUCAUCACAGAGUAUUUUUAGUUUAUUAAACGAGUGCGAACCCCUGAGGUCGUUAACUCCACGUGUAAAUCACUGAUGCUGCAAAUGUUUAGCAAUGUUGAAAGCUACAUUUAUAACGAAACAUGUAACUCUGUGGUUCCUUCAUUCUACACAAAGGACUCCAGUUUGCUGCUUUUUAUAAGUUAAAAGAUAGAAUACUAUUGUAUAGAUGCAUGUUUAAAAAAAAAAAAAGCACUUAAAACUGUCCACAGAGCGUGGUUUGAAAAGCAAGAAUUUGUUACAGGUGCCUGAAAUGACAGAUUUUGCCAACUUGCCUCCAAAUACCUGCUCUGACGCCGUGCAAAAGUGUGUUUCUUUAAAGUAAGUUAUUUAUUUUUACAGCACUCACUGUUGUCCUACGUGCCCCAUGUAUGCAGCACAUGUACCGUCAAGUGGUUCCUAGUUUCUCUCCUAAAAAAAAUAUCUGUGGGUCAGAUUUGUGGUCACAAGUAUUUGUGAAGGAGAACAUUACCAAUAAAUCUGUGACACAUUUUUCUUUGAAUUCAAAACCUGGUCUGUUAAUGAAGCCAACUAAGCCACAUUCAAGUUGUAAGAACCAGAAGUAUUGUUGUUGUCAGUGUCCAGACCGUUGGCAGUACAAGCCCACCACGACGGAUUACUCUCCGUUUAAAGCAUUAAAACACUAAUGGAAGAUGUUCUGAGAGCAUCGCCGCAGAUGUCGUUGUGUUUGUGGCAGCCAUAUUGGAUUUUUCAACUUCUCAUUACAAAUGAGAUGCAGGAAUGUAGACCCAGAAAAAGAUCUACAUUUUUAUAUCAAUUUAUCACACGUUUUUCAUUAUAUUCAGUGAUUGUAGAAAAAAAAAUCUGAUCUCAAUGUUUUUAAUUUAUAUUUUGAUAAUUUCUUUAGACCAUUUCAGGACCCGUAAUUUAUGUAAUUUUUCACAACACCGGCUUUGGAAAUCACUGUACUAGUCCAUGUUUGUUUCUUCUUGUUUAACGAUCUUUGUGUGCAUCUGUGUUUAACAGUUUCCUUUAUCAACUGUUUUAUGAUAUUUUGUGUUAAAUAUAAGUUUGAGAAGUUUUACAGAUUUUCUUUUGAGAGGAAACCAAGUCUUGACUCACAAAAUUGUAAAUUAAUGGGUCACUGAUUGCCUUAGGUUGUUAAGAAAAGAAAACGGGGAACAAAAUUCGAUGCUUAUUUUAGUGUCAUUUAUCGCGGUAAGUCAUGUUUGCAAGUGGGAGGCUUUGUGUUGUGUGUGUUGGGUUAACACAAAUAAAAACCAGUUUCUGUUGA